UGCAUUCAGGUGAGUGUUAAUGUUUAUCAUGUGGCCGUGGCUUGAAAUUCACUGAAGUUGCUGUAUUUUCACACGCCUCUGCAUGGAAAUUAAACGUAAAGACUAUGGGGAACAAGCAGACCUCCCAGCUAGAGCCAAUCAAGCUAUCACCACACAACGAAAGCCUUUCGAAAUUAUUUAAGGAACUUGCUGAAGUUACAGAUGGAAUAUCAUCCAUAAGAAAAGAAGUAUUUCAGAACUACUUCAGAUCUGAAGUAAAUGAAUUUGAUGAGCCACUCUUCUCACUUAUAGCAUUAAGUGGAGGAUGUGACAGGAAUGCAGUGCAACUAGGAUGUGAUGAGUUUGUCAAUGGAUUUGAUGUUUUCUUAGAAAAAGGAGCAACAUCUGCAGGAAGAUUAGAAUUAUACUUUGCACUGUUUAGUGAUGGACAAUCAACCAUGUUAUUUACAGAUCUGGUGGAGAUGUUCCAUAUCUCACGAUCUCUUGCUGUUGUUGUGGCUGGUACUGCCCUUCAGAGUCCUAAGCCUGAAUCACAGACAAUAGCAGAUGUGUGGGCAAGGUCAAUUAUUGGUGAUGAUGACAACACUCAAGUAGACUGUCAAACAUUUUGUAGCUGGGCCAAACAAAACUGCCCAAGAGUGUUUGAUGGAAUUCACUGCUGGAUGAGGAAAAUGCUCCUGCAAAGAGGAAAUUCAGCUGCAGCAGCCACUCCAGAGGGAUUUCCAGCAAUACCACGCGUCUUAGAUCCAAUACACAGCCAUUCCUUACUGAAUACAGAAACCCUGUGGAUUCUCUCUACCAUCCUGCCACAUUGCUUCAUAAGAGGUACUCCUUUAACAUUCAACACAGGCAGUCUCCAGUCAGAAGUCUUAGAAGAAAGAAUUGCAAACCCUGUAGAGAGAUGUAAAGAAUGGACCUUACUCUAUGAUAGUCGUGAACAUGGUCAGAGUUUAAACAGGUUCAAGCAUCACUGCAUGGAUUACCGUGGACCUACUGUCGCUCUGUUAAAGGUUGGAAAGGAAGGAUUACUCAUUGCAGCUAUUGAUGUCGAAUGGAGGGAAUCAUCAUCAAGCUGGGGAAAUUCUGGAUGUAGGAUUAUUCAAGUGAGACCCAAGUUUCGGGUGUUAAGAGCUGGUCCAAACUUGAUCUUCUUUAACGAGAGGGCGAGAGGUUUGCCAUCAGGGAUAGUUCUGGGUCAGACUUCAAGGCCUUGUGUCACACUGGAUGCUGAUUUAACUGCUGCUAAACUUCAUUAUCAGAUGGAUUUGACGCCACAGACCAUCAACAAAAUAGAGGUUUGGGGAUGUGGUGGACAGGAAUUGAAAGCAAAACAGCAAAAACAACAACAAUGGGAACGAAAACAAGCAGAGAAACUUCAAAAGGUAAAGCGACCCGGGAGGUGGGAUGAAAACCCAGACAGAGCGAUUCUGGACAUGGCCGGUGUCACUACAAACCACAGUCAACGAUAAAACAGACUGCGCGCAUCCGAUAUUUCAUCGACAUAUCUCGGAAGACAUCAUUGUUAUUCCAUUAAUGCUAUUCAGGGUUACUCCCACGUGUGCAAAGAAUUUUCGCAGGGAGGAAUGCGAUUUGAAUAUCACCGAGGAAAAACAACCAAAAAAAAGCAUCUUCGCCUCGAAAAGAUUCCAACAGCAAAACAGGAAAAGCUCUUUUUGACACAUCAUUGAAAUACUUGAAAUAUUGGGGGAUAACUUGGUAGUAUUCCAAGCCCAUUUAUCAUAUAUCUCAGGAAGUGCGUUAUCGACUAAGUGUGUGGUAAAAUUAUGAAGUGUGUUGAUGUUCUGUUUUGAGGUCAACAUAGCUGGAUAUUGUUUAAGUUCUCUUUUUGCCGUUUUUGUUGCAUUCAAGGUAAAAACAAAGAAUAACGGGACCAAUAUCCAGCCAAUCUGAUUGAACAAAUUUGGUUUGGUCUUUUUUUCGUGUUCAAAGCGGAUAGUCCCGAGCAGAAAAGGUUGGCCAUCUUGUCCACACGGUAGCCAAUCCUAAAAAAAACGGCUCGCUUCGUUGUAUCGUCCAAAGAUUAGUUUUGAAUGUAUCUUAGAAUUUCUUAUGAUAAUGUAGUCAUCACAUGAUUAAAUAAAAAAAAAAGAACCUUUUUUCAUGAUCGCACUAUGGUAUCCAAAGAUUCAUCACAAGUUCUAGAACUUUAGAAUUUACUUCAGAUAAACAAAAAUUUGUAAUAGGAAAUUUGUAAGGCAGUGAUACAUUUGCAUAUACAUUUCAGGAGAGGCCAAGAAUUCGAAAUAUUCCAAGUGUUAUUGGGACGCUGCAUGCAUUUAUCACUUGAUAAAUGACUGAAACAUUUUA